GAAAAUAACGCCUGUUAUCCAACCAAAUAUAAUUUGCUGGUGAAAUUCUGAAUAUUUUACCCACCUGUUAUUCGAGAAGCUAUAUCGUGUUGAAUCCAGAGUGGAUUGAUUAUGUCCCACAACGCAUGUCUCACAAAACAGUGCCAAAGUAUACACCGGAUUAUAGUCUUCGUAUAUGGAUAGUGUCAUCAUGUCCUUUGAGUUGUUAACACGGAUUAAGCUUCCGCUAGAACAUUUUAUCGGUCGAUUCGGCGAAAACAACAUUUGGUUUGUUGUUUAUCCAUUUUUUAAAAUAUUCAAAUACACCGGCUUCUGUCCGGUUGGAGUUUCCGUCGACAGUUAUCCUGAUGUGAAUUUUCAAUGGGAUCGAACUUUUAUAUUCCUAACCGGAAUUUGUUUUAUUGGAUUUACGGUUGGAUUUUGCCGUGGCGUUCAUGUUCUAAGUCAUUUGGAGAGUCUGGGAUUAUAUGAUGCCAAUACAAUAAUAUCGUACAUUACAAAUUGGGCCCAAGUGUUUUCACUAUUUUUGCUGGCAUGUGUUUCAUUGGUGACUUCUUGGACAAAUUUGGAAAAAUUAAAAAGCUUCUUUAUGAAAAUUCGUCAAAUUGAUUUCGCUUUAGAAAUGACUGGUGUUGAAAUAUCUUAUCGUGCUAUGAGACGAAGACUAUUCAUACAAACCGGAGUGUCCUUUUUGAUACCAACUUGUCUCUCGAUGGUCAAUUGUAUGAUGAUAAACACCAAGUUUCGAUUAGCUUCACCCUGCUAUUGGUUCAUCUGUUUCACACCCAUGCUUUUGUUGACCUUUAAGGAACUUCAAUUUUACAAUAUUAUGUUUCUGUUGAAGGGAAAGUUCGAUAUGAUUAAUAAGCAAAUUGACAAGCUUUGUCAAAGGAAAAUGCUGCAAAAUGAGUCGAUUAGUGUGAAUAUGUCAAAGUGUUCCGAUGAAAAAGUGUUAUUAAUACAAACUGAUGCUCAGUUGGUGGAACAAAUGCGGAUUCUGGCUGAAAUUUAUUCUGAUGUCGCUGAUAGUGUUGAUGUGGUUUUGGAUAUAUUUGCUUAUCACCUUCUGAUGACAACAUGUACGUCCUUUGCUGUCAUCACUAUCCAGAGCUAUACAGGGCCGUUUUGA